UUUUUUUUUGGAUAUAAAUGAUAAUACAGCUUUGUAUGAAUGAGAAACGGAUCUGCCCGGCCCAUUAGAAAAUAACCGGAUCUCAUCUGCUAUCUACCCACCUCAGAAGCUGGUAGCGAGUAUUUUGAUACUGACGUCAACUUCCUUCUUCGAAUUCCCCCAAAUUAACCAACCACCCAUACCUCAUCGUCUCCGGCGCCGGUUCCAUGUCGGUAAGAACAGUGAAGGUCAGCAAUGUUUCCUUAGGUGCCUCUGAGCAAGACAUCAAGGAAUUCUUUUCUUUUUCUGGUGAAAUCGAAUAUGUUGAUAUAAAAAGUGAGAAUGAGCGGGCUCAAAUUGCAUUUGUCACUUUUAAGGAUCCUCAAGGUGCAGAGACUGCCGUUCUACUCUCGGGAGCAACUAUAGUUGAUCAGCCUGUUACCAUCGCACUUGCACCUGAUUACACUCCUCCGCCUUCUGUAACACCUUCAGUGCAACAACCCAGUGCAACAAAUCAGCAAAGUGGGGGUGUUGUUGAAUCAACUGUACAAAAGGCAGAAGAUGUUGUAAGCAGCAUGUUGGCCAAAGGCUUCAUUUUGGGAAAAGAUGCGGUUAAUAAAGCCAAAGCCUUUGAUGAAAAGCUCCAAUUUACUUCAACAGCAGCUGCAAAAGCCGCCACAAUUGACCAAAAGAUCGGUCUUACCGAAAAACUCAGCAUAGGGACAACAAUUGUGAAUGAGAAAGUGAAAGAUUUGGAUCAAAAGUUUCAAGUGUCGGAAAAGACCAAAACAGCAUUCGCAACGGCAGAGCAGACGGUAAGCGAAGCGGGGUCCGCGAUUAUGAAGAACCGGUAUGUGCUGACUGGGACUGCUUGGGUGACGGGUGCUUUCAACAGGGUCACGAAAGCUGCUGGCGAAGUGGGACAGAAGACUAUGGAGAAAGUGGCGGAGGGAGAACAGUCGGGAAAGACUGAGUCGACUCAGCAAGAACCUCCUGGUUCCGCCAAGGGAGCCAGUACUACCACCACUGGCUCAGUUUAAGUUUAUUAAUCUAUAUAUGUGGUGGUGGUGUAGAUUGUGCAAAACUUAUGGAUUUGGUGCAUGGAUUUAUUUUAUUAGUUUAGUAGUAGUUUGAAAUACAAUUCCUUGCUUGAUACAUGCUAAAUAGUAAAAUGUGUUAUUUCAUUUUA